AUGACGACGUUACCACCAAACCGGACGCCUAAUGGGACGAGUAAUCGAGAAUACUCAGAAGCUAGAACUGUUAUAUUACUCGUCAAGAAACCCAAUUUUACGCAAAUCGAUCACCAUAAAUGGCUUCUUAAAAGACUCUUUAAACCUCUUCGUUACGAAAAAGACGAGAAUAUUCAAGUUUUGUACGUAUCAAAUACAAAACUCAGCACUCUAAUUAGAUCUCAAAAUGAAAGGAAAGCAAAUGAUGUGUACACGCCGCAGACUUUACCUGAUCUUCAAGAGGAAGAUGACAUUUCUUAUAAACUAAUGCCGAAUACUCGUGUUAUCACGUUAUGUACAAAAUAUCGUAUGAUAUUUCUUUUGGAUGUUACAACUUCAUUGGCAACUAUUUAUUAUAACAACACGAAGGGCGUGCUUAUAUCCGAAGCAAUAAAAGUCUUAUAUCGGUGUAUUGAGGGUCUUGUACAGCCUUUUACUAUUCAAGACUUGGAUAGAGAUAAAGCAUUGCAUUUUGAACCCGAAAUAUCAAUUACCGUUAUAGCCGAAAGUUCUCAUUUCGCAUCAAACGCAAAUUUACUGCCUAUGAUUAGGGACUUUCCGACUAUGAGAGUUCUUUUAAAUGGUGUUAUCGUGACAAAAAACAAUGUGACUGAUAUAAUCAAUAAUCUGCACACAGAGCUCACUAAUUUUCGACAAGAGGUGGCGGAGUUGCGGCAAAGGCUUUGCAGGGCUAAAUUUCCAGUAGCAUAUGAGAUGGACGUGAUUGGAUCAAAGACUGAAGAUGAUGUUGAUGCUGAUAAUUUUAUGGAUAAUAAAAAAAACUUAUGGAGAUUGGGAUCGAGUGGCGCAAAUCUUGCUUAUAGUCUCAAUGCUGGUUUAUUUGCUAAGAACUUACUACCUGAUGAAGGAUUUCCUUCUUUAACUAUUAUUACAGAUGGUGUUGUUAAAUCAACUCUCGAUCAUAUGUCUGCGGACGAUGACAUCAUACAACAACUUUGCAAAGAGGGCAUAAGAUGCAAUAUCAUUCAGGUUGGAUCGCAUCAGGGAUUUGAUCCAUGUUGCAACUUUGGAUUACUUCCUGACAUUGAAGUUCUUCAAUUUGUUGCAACAGCAACAUCCGGCGUUCUCCUAUAUUCUGAAAAAUGUCCAGACAUUUCUGAUAUUAAUUCAUCUAAUUCAUCCCCUUCGCAAAGUGAGCAUCGCUCAUUCAACUUUUAUCAUGAACAAAUGCUUAUUAGGGAGACGCACUUUGUCAAAAAAAGAAAUCAAGUGAGAUAUUUGAAUAGUGCUAGUGAUUGUAAUUCGUAUAAUUUCCCUUGGGAUCCAAGAAGCCAACCUCCUGAGGUUGAGGCUAUGCCUGCACGAUUUCUAGAAUAUUCUAUAUUUGUUGAUGUCCAACAGCUCAUAUCUAUACGAAUGCGUCAUGGAUUCAACGUUGAUAAUAUAAUUUUGAGUCCAGGAAAAGGUAAUAAUAAGGCAGAGGUGAUUACUAUAGCAAUGUCGAGACUUUGGUUACCAGAUGUUACUAUUCAGUAUAAAAUUAAAGGACAAUGGACUGGUGAACUGAAUGGAUUAUCUCGGCUUAAAGCUCCUAGGAUUGAGAUCCAUGUUCUUGCAGAUACUGAGUUAGAUAUCUAUCUGGUUAAUUUUCAAACUGCUCGACAAAAUAAUGAUCCGAAUCACCCGCUUUUUUGGAAGUUCACGAGAUUAUAUAAUUUUUUGACAACUAUCUUAGAAACUGAUGAGCUUCUCAAGAAGCUUAAAACUCCUAAAGACAAUAACAGGUUACAAUUACAACGUUCAAUUGCACCAAUGAAUAGGUUGGAGGUUUUAAAGCAAUUAUGGAAUACUGAGCAGAGUUCUCGUAAUAUUAGUUUUUGGCAUGAUGACGCAAAAAUUGAUUUUUUAAUAGCAACGGAGACAUUGCAAUCAAACAUGAAUUUGGAUAUGUCUUCUGAAGCUAAACAUAUUUCGGCAAUAAUUGAAGAACGAUUAGUAAUAAUCAAAAAGUAUUUAUCAAAAUGGUCUACAUUUACUGCAUCAGAAAAUGUAUUUGUGAAAUUUUUUAACCAAUUGGAUACUGAAAAAAUAUCACCAAUCAAUUUUUGCGAGCUAAGGAUUAAGCAAGAAGUUGGCUAUCUUGUCACAAUAAAAUUUUCUUUUUUCAAUGUUGACAAUUUACGCCGUCAAAAAGAGAUAAUUUAUAUAACCAAUUUAAUUAAUGAUCUCGACGGAAAGAACGAUAAAAACAAAAAUUAUUAUAUUUGUCGGAGACCUUUAUCUUCAUUCUUUGUGCAUAAUGUUGACUAUGAGCUUAAUGAAAAGGACAUCCCAUUAGAUCGUCAGUUUACAGGCAGAAAUUGCGUAAUCAGGUCUUAUUUAAGGCAUUCUCGAUGGUCUUGGUUAUCAGACCUUGAAAAAGAUAUUUCUCUAAUAAAUAAAGGGAUUAUAACUAUACAAAAAUUAGCUUUUCAGUAUCUCUGUCAAGCACGGUCGGAUGAAAAUUUUUUAUUGGUUUUCGAACAUAAAAAUAAAAAAAUUUUCUAUCAUGAAUUAGAAUUCUCAAAGGAUGACUCAGAUACUUCAUCUGUAGAUCAAAAAAUUGUAUGUGGUGUACAACAUCAUAUUUUUAUUUCUGAUACUGAAAUAAUAACAGAACUUUGGGUGGAACCUUUACAACAUUCCCAAAUGAAAGUUCUUUAUGAAUCAUUUGUCAAUAAAAUAUUUGCUGCGGACAGAUUGAAAUUAUCACAAUUAGUAACAUUUGAUCAAAUUAGUUAUAUCGCAAGGUCUCGUGCAAAACAUCCUCAGACUUUGGCCUUGUCUACACCAAAAACGUUUAAUCUGUCAAAAUUAUUUCAAUUAGCUGUAUUGCUCCGCUCCAGUGGGUUAAUCAUUGCAAAUUACAAUCUUCCUUUAUUUUUGUAUGGACAAUCCAAUUAUAAUAUGUCACAACGUUCUGUUAUUAAUGCGCAACAGACUGAAAAAUCAAUUUCUUCUGGAAAUAAUGAUUCGAAUUACAAUGAUCCUAGAGUUAAAUCAGAGAGUAGUCCUUAUCUAAGACAUGGCAGCAUUAGUCAUAGGAGUUCACCUUUUGAAACGACUACGCAGAGAAAACUUUCUAUUUCCGUUCUUAAUGAUUUCAAUAAAGAUAUGGUCCAUUUCGUUGAUCGAGAUUUAAUUGCAAAAAUAGAGCCAUCUGAUAGGGAUUUUGCUUUACUGCAAUUGUUUAUUGAGAAAAACUUGAGCAAGUAUGCUGAUGGUGAAGUUGACAUGACUAUUGAUAAUUGUAAAGAUUCAGUUAUUUUGAAAAACAUAAACAACGGACUGUCAAUGAAAUUACUGAAAGACACUAUGACGACUAUCGCGUAUGCGUUAAAUCUUCACGAGACUCGAUGCUUUAUUAAAAUCGUGAACUCUGGUUCAUUCCUACUUAUUUUCAUACCUUCUUUUAAAGUAUUAUUGAAUGCGAUGGUACAACAGAAUGGUAUAUGUCCAGAAAAUAAGAUUACAUAUUUUGGGAUACUAAUGUUUUUGUGCAAACGACCAGAACCAUCGCUUGGUAACUAUCCCCGUGAAUCUUCCUAUAUAAACCGCGAUCAACCACUUGCUUUCGAGCCCAUAAGCAUUAUUCAUAGUAGUUCAAUUCUGGCGAAUAGUCCAUUGGAUCCAACGUUACUUGGUUGCUCUUUUCCUGAAUAUCCCAUGAAUUUUACUAGUUCUGAUAUUUCCAAUCUGGUAGCAAAAGAAAUUCACAAUGUUACAAAAAUAUAUGCACGUGGAUUUAUUAGAUCAAUAUACGCUAGUGUUUUACAGAAACAUAAAAUCGCAGAAAACGAUUUCCGCAAAGCAAUUGAUUCAUGUGCACACUUUUAUACAGAUAUUGAUAUUACUGGAUAUGUCAAUGUUCAUGUACAGGCAUCUCGUCAGGAUUCAGAUUGUGAAGAUGCAAACGACAUCUACCAAAAAUUUGUCGCCGUGCUCGGUCAUUACUUUGAACCGGUUACUUUUGCUGAUUGUGAAUCAGAAAAUAGUUUUUAUUAUUAUCGACCACCAUUCAAAAAAUCAAGUAAUUCAUCAGCUGACGCUCAUGAUUACGUCACUGACAUUCCUGGAAGCUUUUUAGAGACCUUCACCUGUGCAGAAAAUCCACUUUUCAUCCGUUUGGAGUGUAUUUUUAGGAAACCCACGAAGACCGUCCCCAAAACUGAGGAUACAAAUCUAAAUCAUAUUGGGCCUGAUGCAGGGAAAACUGAGUCUGAUAGAUUUGUCCAAUUUCCCAUCUCUAUUUUGCCAACAUCUUAUUCUUGUGUUAUUGAUGGAAUAUCAUGUGACUUUUCUCCCGAGUCUAUUGGAACAGAUGUGUCACCGGUGGAAUCUUCUGAUGGCACCACAGCAACUUUGCGUCUGAUAUGCUUGACUUUGCCUCAAUUUCACGAAGUCAACAAUUCCCGUUCGACUGAACAUAAAAAUGAUUUGGGCCAAACAAGUACAAAUUCAAACAAGUUUUUGUAUGAAUGUCUCAGUGACGAUAAAAAGGAGGCUUUAAAUGAAACUCAAAGUCGCAUCGAUUGGCUUACGAAAGAGGAAAUAAUGCAUAUGCUCUUAAAGUCACAAUCUGUCGAUCGUUCAUUAUUAUCAUUUAUUCAAACGCAACUACGAAACAAAAAUCCUUUUGUGGAUUUCCCAACAACAUUCAACAUUCCUUUAUCAUUUGUUCGUCGAAAACAUGGAAAGCUUGGUCAUGAAUUAUUUCUGGAAGCAUUAAGCAAAGCAGAUAUGAAGCCAUUUACACUAAAUAAAGUUGAAGAUUGCUUCUAUAUUAGCGAGGAUGAUGAAAUUGGAGAGUCUUUAGUGUCUACUGACAGUAGAUGCGAAGCCUCUCCUAUAUUUGGAACAGCUCUUGAUGAUGGUGAAAUAACUGAGCAAUUAGCCCCUCAAGUUCCUGUGUUUGAUGAUUACCCUGAUGAUGGAGAUGAUGGACUUGGCUCAGGUCUCGGAAUUAGCAUUGGUAUUCCUGAAGAGGAUGAUGAUACACCAGAUCUCGCUUUAAAGUCAAUUAAACGGAAUGUCAUCCACAAACAAUUAUUCUGGCUGCUUUUUAUACCUCAAGAAACUAGCAUACAAAUGUAUUUUUACUCUCAAGCAAUAUCUCCGAAAAAACGAUCCGAUAUUAUUAAGCAUGCACGAAACUGUGUUAUACAAGUGUCCGAACGUGUUAAUAGAAUAAUUUUAUUGACUGACCUUAAUCAUACCCAUAAUUGCAGUAAAUAUUUGGUACCACCUAAUCUUGAUGACUCUUCGGAUUCUGAAUCUUCAUCUGAAGAUAAUGAUUUAUCCACUGGAGAUAAUUAUUUGGUCGAUGUACUUUCGAAAACACAAGACGACGAUGGCCAACUUAACGUUUCUAAAAAGUUCAAAGUGGGACAAUUCGAAUGUCCUUUGGUGUUUAAACAAAAAUUUCCGCUUCAUUGGCGAUUAAAACCGAAUAAUGCUAUAAGGGGAAUUGAGUCUAGUGUUCUCAAUUCAUUCGCUGUCAAUAACAGAAAGCAUAUGUUUGUCUAUGCUAAAGAAAAUUCUAUUGUAUAUAUCAAGAUUUCAGAAGUGGACACUUCAUCAACUUCGUCAGAUUAUGAGAAAAUUGACGAUGCUUUUCGAUCUGCGAGCUCCUCCCAAAUUAUCCAUCCUACUAGCACUACUCAAUCUGAAACGUCGUCAAUCAACGCUGCAGAGGAAUCUCGAAGAUCUCCAUCUAGCAAGAGUGGUGGUAGUCCCAAAACCUCUACUAAUGCUUCACCUGGUCGAAAACCUGCAUCCCAACAGCGUGUUUCAGAAUCGAGGGAGUUAGUAGUUGAAGUCUUUGGAAUAGAUCCACCUGGCAAAGAGAUCACAGAAGAAUUAAUGGCUUUGCUGGAAAAUAAAUUGAUGACCAAUAUCACAUUGACUGCUAUGUCAACUUUUCUUUUUCGUAAUCCUAAGUUCAACCCUACUCGGGAGGAUGUAGAUUUCAUUUUGCCAGUUAUGAAAACACCUAAACGUCUUUGUUUAACUAUUCCAUCAUCGAUUAAAACUGUCUAUACACUUUUGGUAUAUUUCAAGCAGAAUUUAUCUCAUUAUCUUAAAGUGUUUAGUGGUGCAGAGGUUACUAGUGCAAUCGAACGUCAUCAUAAUACGACAUAUGGUAAUAGAAUUUCUAACAUAGAUGAUGGGAGGAAAUCACCGAUUUCAUCUUAUGAUAUUCAACUUUAUGAAUUUUCAUUUUACUAUAAUAACAACACUCAACCUCGUUCCUCCAAUUCUGCUUUCGAAUUAUCGGUUGGUGAAGGAAUUGCAGGACUUUGUAUAACUUUAAUAGAUCACAAUGGUCCUGUGUUUGAAUUGCCUAUAUCAGAUAGAUCUGUUAUGGAUGAUACAGAUAUGGCAGCUAUAUUGGACUAUAUUACAGAAGAAGAAGUUUUUAUCGUCUCAAAUUCUGAAAGAGAUGAAAGUAUUGACUAUGAUUACAAGUUGCAUAUCGACCUAUGGAGCCAGGGUCAACUUAAUUAUGAAAUUCUAUUUGAACGAAUUAAAAAAAGCUUUAGACAGUGCCUUUGUGACUAUUUCAUAGAAAUUUCAAUUACUCAGGGACUAGGCCGCAUUUUAGACCAAACUGAAUCCAAUCUUCCGCAAACUCCCGAGCAUUAUUGUACUUCGGAUCGUGAAUGUUCACCGGCAUAUAUUGAUCAACAUGUCCAAAAAGUAUUUAUAGAGCCUUGUAUGGCGCUUCUAAAAAAAUCUGUUAAUUUAGCUAAUCCGGCAUUACAUUCAUUACAAGUACGACUUGAUAUGCCAUCAUGGAUGAUAGAUGAUUUCUUAGCAGAAGUUCACGAACUUUUAUCGGAUAUCCAUAUGAUAUUUACUCCUGUCAUUUUACGAACCACCCCAUCCUCUAUCAAUAAUAGUGAUACUAUUUAUGAAGUAUAUCGACCAAAACAUUCAGUAUCUGCAACAGAACAAGCCAUGACAGCUAGGCUUCAAUAUUUAUUAAUCGCUGGUCUUAAAGAGUUAAAUAAAAAAUAUGGUGCGUACAAAUUAUUUUCUCAGGAAGAUCGCCGAAGCAGUUUAGGAAGUGAUGGUGCACAUUCACGUAGAAGUUCUGUUGAAGAUCUCUCGGGUGAUAAAACUAAUAUUCCUCACUCACGAAAAGGUUCUUUUAUGACAGCUCAAGCGCAACACCGUCAUCUCCUCGAAGAUAUAAUGAUGUAUACCAUACCGCAUUAUGAAGGCCAAUCAAACCCACAAGCUCUCGCUUUAUAUCGUUCUUGUUUCUUAGCCAUGUCAAUGGACGGUUUCGAUUUGACUAUCUAUGUCUAUAAUUGGCAAAAACAAUAUACCGACAAGGUAUUUUCCGCGAUGAGAAAGAUUUCUGACUGGCAUAAUCAACGUAUUGAACUUUUAAAUAGUAUACUUUAUCAGAAAAUGGGCUUAUUUUGCCAUACCGGUAUAUCAUUCAAGUCUCAAACUCCUUUUCAGAGCAUGCCAAAUACACCACGGUCUUUGCAGUCUCCCAUUAUCUCCAGUCAACGAGUUUCGCAAAUUGAUCCUUUACAUAGUCAACGAACGGGCUUAAUGCCUAUUGGACAAAAUACUACUGAUCUACCACUUAUUAUUUCUCUUAUAAAUGAAAGAUUUCCUCAUCUUCAAAAGACUGAAGGCCGCGCUGAAGACAUAAAAAAGAAUUCAGAUUUAAAAUAUGAUGCAAACAAUUUAAAUAUUACAGAAUUCAAUGCCUGUGGGAUUUCAUUGAAUGCGCUUGAUCUGAACAAAGUUCUCAAAGAUGCACGCAUUGAUUUAUUUACUGAAAAGGGUCACACGUGGGAGAGCCGCGAUGCUCUAAAACGACAUGGUCCUCCUUUUAUUGAUGCAUGGAUCUGUCAGGCGAAGAUCUCUCAAGUUCAUGACAAUGAAGAGGCUGUAUAUAGUAAAUGGGCAAAGAGAAUUGAAGAGCGUAAUGUUGAUAGCAAUACCAAUACACCAGAAGUGAUCAAAAAAUCCGAUUUGGCGAUUAUAUUUCGUACAUCUCGACUUUUACAUUUUUGUAGAACACCAUUGCUUUUUGGUGGUAAUGCAGAUUCAUUUACGCGUACUCAAUCAGCUGUUCGCGAUUUCCAAACGUCAAGUGACACGACAUUUUCUCGUUGGUAUCAAGAUAUGUCUGAAACAUUCUUACAAGAAUACUCUUCUUACCUUGAAGAAAUUGGUAUGCAAGUAGUGAUUGGAGGCAAGUCUGGCGUAUAUUUGGUUGACGAUGGGGUAUCAAAAUCAUCUGCUACAGAAAAUGUACUUGCCAAUUCUCCUGCUGUAUUUUUACUAAAAGUGCUUCAAGGAGGUUCUAUCAUGUGUGAAGUUCGAAUUCAAGGUGUAUUCGUAAGUGUAACCCUGUAUAUACUCAAUCAAGGGCAGCAUUUGACGUCAUUAGGAUUUUCUGACACUGGUAGCGACCGUGGAAGUUUGAGAAUAUUUACUGAGGAAUGUGGGAGAUUUAGAAAAAUGAUUCAUGUAAAUUCUUUUGUUUAUGACUUUCAUCUACGUUAUAUAAAACAUGUGUUGGAAUCCCAAUCAAAAGCCUCCCCAGGCUUUAAUGUAUUGGAUGUUAUCAGAGCAUUCAUUCGCCGUAAUUCUCAACCUGCGUAUUUUUCACGUAACCGUAUUUAUCACGACAGCUAUGAUAAAGAAUUAGGAUCGAUACCUGAUGAUUUAUUCAAAUUUAUAAUAUCGGCACCUCAACGCUACGGGUUUAGAGCAAUAAAUUUUAAUGAUGAGCCGAUAGCUUGUUUUGCGACUUCUAUAUGCGGGGAUCAAUGUUCCAUAGAAUCUUGUGAUCUCUGUUCAAUUUUAAAAAAUGAAGCACUGCAAAUCACAUUGGUUUUCACUUUCUCGAACCAGACAUCUACUGCAGGAACUACAUCUUUAGAAUAUUUUGUAAUCGUGUUGAACGACAAUUACACGUCCCCUGAUUCUACUUCAAGCGUUAGGGAUUCCUAUCACCGUUAUAAAUAUCAAACAUCAGAUCUUUAUUCCGACCAAGAUCUCCAAGAAAGGAAGUACAUCCUAAUCAACCGUACUCGUGAAAGGCUUAAGUUGGUUAUAAGUCAGGCGAUACAAUUUAAGCGACGAGAAGAUUUAUGGAAAAAAUUAAGCAGUAUGAAGCCAAGUGACAGAAACAAUGCUAAUAAUAGCACCAAUUAUUCUGCGUCGCUUUCUAUUGUAGAUUUCCUUGAUUUAACAAAACAAUGGUACAGUCGAGAACUUGUUACCUUAAGUCCAGACUUUAAAGACAUUUUGGAUUUGAAAUUAAAUUGGGGAGAAGUAUUAAAUUUUUUACAAUCAUAUUAUUCUGAUUUGACGAGAGAAUUAUAUGAUGAUAUUGAACAUAUUCGACAUUUAGUAAUAUUCAAUCAACGUAGCCAUGAUUUAUUAAUACAUUUCAUUUUACCGAGACAAGGUGAAAAAGAGACCGAAAUAGGAAAUAAUGAUAUUAAGUUAGUGGUAAAUGCUGUUUGUAAGGAGAACAAACCAAAUUUUGAAGGAUUAGAAUUACAAUUUGUUGCUGACAUGACCAGGACAAUUGGGUAUUGGAUGUGGCAAAGACUGUUUUAA